AUGUCGGAACCUUCUCUUACUGACCUGGAACAAGAGUCCUUCUCUAAUCAAGAAAAACUAAUCGACUCGUUUUUGGCAAAAGGACCACAAGCGUUGGCUGAUACUGCUUCGUCCAGCGUAAAUGAGCAAUCAGGUUUAUCGACUGAACAAGAACUCAAAAAGUAUAAGGAAUUCUUCUCUCAACUCAAGUUUUCGUACAUAGAACAGGGAACAAAAGAAAGAUAUUUGCGCGCAAUUCUUGAUGAUCCUCCUUUACUAGUUGAGACUGAAGAUAAUGAAAAGCUAGAGUCUACGAUAUCUGAACUGAAAAUUCGCUUGAAACAACGAAAGGACGAUGUUGAAUCGUUGAAGAAAGAAAUUGUUUCUGAGUGCAACGAAAUUGCUGAAAAGUAUGAUGCAACGUUAAAGGAAUCCAAAGAAGCAAAAGCACUCUUGGUCGAAUACAGAACACUCGAGAAAGAGUUACAAAGCUUAAACCAAGAUGACAUGACUAACGCGCCCAUCCUUCCAGAUUUAGAAAAAGAAAUACCUGUUUUAAAACAAGAACUUUUGGACACUGAUGAUUCCAUAAAGUCGAUCAAUUCUCAGUUAGAAAGAGAAGAACAUCGCUUAGAACAACUGAAAAAGAAUUAUUCUACACUUGAAAAAGAACAUGGUCAUUUACAGCAAAGAUCGAACAGUCUACGUGAAUCUAUGGAUAUGCGUGCCCCUGGAGACGAUGCAAAGAGAAAGGUUCAAGCAUGGUAUACUUCUAUGCUCGAUAUUUACAAUCAAAUGCUUCCUUAA